AUGGUUGCCAUCGACCACCUCUCCUACCCGCACAUCGUCGAUCGCAUACUCGAUUUCUGCGACAUCAAGGCCAACCUCGCCUUUAGCGCCACCUGCAGCCAAUACCGCAGGGCAGUGGACCACGCCGAAAUCGGCAUAACCCCCAAUGGAGUCUUGUCUGCAAUCACCGCAGACCGUGGGAUCACGUUCCCAUGGCCGCUUUCCAUGAUCAAGGUCAUCGACCUCGACGGCAGGUCAGGUGGUAUCGCGACUCAGCGUAGCCUCACCAAGGCCCAGCGCGACCAGUUCCAGCGGGUCAAGAUCAUCCGCCGCGCCGAGCCCACGGCGACCUUUUACCCCGCGUCGAGGAACCAUGUUCGCUUGCCGGACGUCGAUACGGUGGUUGACUACAUCGAUCUCGACAACUGCGGCACUUGGGGCGACCGCAGGUUCGACCUCCUAUCGUGUCUCAACCGGCACAUCCUACACAUCACGUGGACGGACGGGCCAAACACGCCUGUUAGCUUCGGCUACGACCCAUCCCUCCACCUCGCACGUUCUACCCUCGAACUAGUCGUUGUCCUUUGGCCGGAACGCGCAGAUGCCGAGGGCACCACAUCAGGUGUAGUAGAGUUCAUCAGAAGGCUUUACUGCACCUUGGACCAGGAAAUCACGAUCGUCACUCCGACCUAUGGCUCCCUAACACUUGAUUUCGACCGGUCUCGCAAGCACAUGUCCUUCAAGUCAUACGAUGAGUGGAGAACGGGACUCGGAGGAUAUAGGAACGUGUUGAGCGAGUGGAUGUGA